UGCUGGGUCGAAAGAGAUUCCCUCUCCAAGACUCGAUUGAGAAGUCACCGAUUAUGUCUGCCCAGGCCCAAAGUGCCAAUGGCUCGGAGAGCGAGUUCGAGUUCAUCGAGACUCCCAAAGCUCGAACGCCCACAUUCGAGAAAUUCGAGGACUGUGGCGUGAAGACCACCUCUUAUCCAGCAAUCAAGAAUGCUCCUCUCCCAGCUGAUGCGGCCGGAGCCGAGGGAUUCUCCAACACCCUCCUCUUCUCCCUCCUUUUCCUCGUCCCAUUCUAUCUCGCAUGGAAGGUCGGCGGCGGCUUGAAGACUACCAUCUUCUUCGCCCUGUUUACCUCAAUCCCCAUCCUGCUCGCCUUCUGGACCCUCGCAUCGACCUUCACCCCCCGCAAGAACGAAAAGGCCAGAUAUCCAGGGCGCCCGGUCGAACACUACCUGACCUUCAAGAAUGAGGCCGAUAGGAUUAGAUACAGCGGGAAGAACAAGAUCCCAUUGGAGACCUUCCACAACAUGUACUUCAAUGGCGACGUUGACUUCAACGGGGACUGUUUGGAGGUCAUGGAGUACCGACAUGAUUGGGCAACCUUCAGAUUCACCCUCAGCCUUUUCAAAUUCGUCUUCUUCAGUUUCGCCCCGGAGGUUAUCAUGCAUACCCGCUCUCAGGAUGAGGAGCAGGUUCGCGACCACUACGACCGCGGCGACGAUUUCUACGGCUGGUUCCUCGGUCCACGUAUGAUUUACACAUCUGGUAUUAUUUCCGACAUUAACAAGGAGGAGACUCUUGAGGAACUACAGGAUAACAAGCUUGCAAUUGUCUGCGAGAAGAUCGGGCUCCAGGAGGGCGAGAAGCUGCUGGAUAUCGGUUGCGGAUGGGGGACCCUUGCCAAGUACGCCAGCGUUAACUACGGUGCCAAGGUGACUGGUGUCACUCUUGGUCGCAACCAAACCGCCUGGGGUAACAACGGACUUCGCAAAGCUGGUAUCCCUGAGGAGCAAAGCAAGAUUCUCUGCAUGGACUAUCGUGACAUUCCGGUUCCGGAGGGAGGGUACAACAAGAUCACCUGUCUGGAGAUGGCUGAGCAUGUUGGUGUCAGACAUUUCGCUACUUUCCUGAGACAAUGCUAUGAUAUGCUUGAUGAUGAUGGAUCAGUCAUCUUCCAGCUUGCGGGGUUGAGAAAGUCGUGGCAGUACGAGGAUCUUAUCUGGGGUCUUUUCAUGAACAAGUACAUCUUCCCUGGUGCCGAUGCCUCCACUCCUCUUGGAUUCUACAUUAGCGCCUUUGAGAGCGCUGGCUUCGAAAUCAAGGGCGUUGAUACCAUUGGUGUCCACUACUCCGCUACCCUCUGGAGAUGGUACAGAAACUGGCAAGGCAACAAGGAGAAGGUUAUUGCUAAGUAUGGCAACAGAUGGUUCAGAAUCUGGGAAUUCUUCCUUGCCUACUCUACCAUUAUCUCCCGCCAAGGAUCAGCGACUUGUUACCAAAUCACAAUGGUCAAGAACCUGAACUCCAAGCAUCGCAUCGAAGGUGUUCAAUCUCAGUUCGGCCUCAUGGGCGCCCUCAAUGCUGGUAAAGCUAAGGUCAAGGCGGUUGCUGGCAAAGCCCAAUAG